AUGUUUCUUCUAAAUCUCUUACUACCACUACUCCUCCUAUUCUAUACUCCCGUUCAGGCACGUCAAAUAACUGUCAAAAAUUCAUGUGGUACAACCCUCUGGCCAGCAUUAUUCACAGGAGGUUCAGUCAUUCCAUCUCAGACUACCGGAUGGGAACUUUCUCCUGGUAAUUCUACACAAUUCCAAGUUGAUGACGGAUGGACUUCGGGUAGAGUAUGGGCGAGAACGGGAUGUGUGCAAGGUCCUCAAGGGUUAACUUGUUUGACAGGUGGAUGUGGGAUAUGGCAUGGACUGAUUGUUAACAGUUCUGCAACCGGUGCACCUCCCGCAACGCUCGCCGAAUUCACUCUCUCCCCAUCAGGUGUAGACAACUACGAUAUCUCCUUAGUAGACGGAUUCAACGUCCCACUUAACAUAUACCCUUCGGUCACUUCUUGUCCAGCACCACAAUGUCAAAUCAACAUCAACGCUUUAUGUCCUUCCAUAUUGAGAUCAGGAUUAGAUUCGAACGGUUUGAAUUUAGGUUGUAUGAGUGCUUGUGAUGUUGGUUUAGGUGGUGAAUUAUAUGGGAAUAGAGCAUGUUGUUCAGGUGGAUACAACGAUCCUACUUUAUGCGCUAUCUGUGGAGUAGAUUAUUAUCACGUUUUCAAGGAUAAUUGUCCUAUGGCUUAUGGUCUGACCAAAAGUGAAAAAACAGGUACAGCAUUAUGGACAUGUCCAUCUUCAUCUACACUAUCCGAUUACACAGUAGAAUUCUGUCCG